CCACGCGUCUCCUUCGAGCCACCCUCGUCUGUCUUUCUCCCACUCGCUGACUCUACCGACCAUCCUUCUUUACGGGCGAUGAGAGUCGGACUCAGCUUCCUCUCAUCGUCCGCGUCUCUCCUCACCGCCGACCUCUUCCGCUCCUCUCACCUCCCUCUCAAACGCCUCCUCCUCCCCUCCAUAAGCCCUAACCAGAUCCCGGCGAGGCCGCCGCCGCCGUGUCGCCGGCCGCUCACCGCCGCCUUCUCCGCCAUGGCGUCCGCCUACAAGCCCGAGGAUGCUAGGGUUCCACCCGCCCUCCAGCUCCCCACUCCCCCUGUCUCCAAGUUUAAGAUCGGUCUGUGCCAAUUGGCGGUGACUACGGAUAAGGAGAGGAACAUCGCCCAUGCUCGUAAGGCGAUCGAGGAAGCCGCCGGGAAGGGGGCAAAGCUCGUCCUCUUGCCUGAAAUAUGGAACUGCCCCUACUCGAACGACAGCUUUCCCUUAUAUGCUGAGGAUAUUGAAGCUGGUGGUGAUGCAGCUCCCUCGUUUUCAAUGCUGUCUGAUGUUGCUCGCAGUCUGCAGAUUACAAUAGUUGGUGGAUCUAUACCAGAACGCUUAGGUGAUCGUUUGUACAAUACAUGCUGUGUCUUUGGUGCAGAUGGGAAUCUCAAGGGCAAACACAGGAAGAUACAUCUUUUUGACAUUGAUAUUCCAGGAAAGAUUACCUUCAAGGAAUCAAAGACUCUCACUGCUGGGCGGCAUCCUACCAUUGUAGAUACAGAUGUAGGACGUAUUGGUAUAGGUAUUUGUUAUGACAUCCGUUUUCAGGAACUAGCAAUGUUAUAUGCAGCAAGAGGUGCUCAUUUGCUGUGCUAUCCUGGGGCAUUUAACAUGACUACUGGUCCUUUGCAUUGGGAGUUGCUGCAGAGGGCAAGGGCUACUGAUAAUCAGUUAUUUGUGGCAACUUGUUCCCCUGCCCGAGAUAGUGGUGCUGGUUACAUUGCUUGGGGUCAUUCCACACUUGUUGGACCUUUUGGAGAAGUGAUUGCAACCACUGAGCAUGAGGAGGCAAUCAUUGUAGAAGAGAUUGAUUUAUCAACAAUUGAGCUUAGAAGGUCAAACCUUCCCCUGGAAACGCAACGUCGUGGGGAUCUGUAUCAGCUUGUAGAUGUCCAGAGGCUGAAUUCUCAGUAGAUAAAAAGGUGGCAUGCUGUUUCUGUGUUGAGUAACCCAACAUAUCUCUGUCGAUGUUGAAAAAUGAUUCGAUUGGAUUAGCUCUGUUUAGACUUAGCAUCAUGACAAAUGCCAGUGUUUGGAAGGAGGUGUAGUGUACUGCAUCCAAUAAUUUAUAUAGUUCCUUUCAUACCAAAAAUCUGCAAGGCGUGAUAUCUUUCCAUGGAUGGUGUAUUCACCAUUGUAUUCAAUAAUUUUGUGACCAUUGAGCAAUUUCUUUACCAUAUUGUAGUCUAUUUAUCGUCAGUAAUAUCUAUAUUUUUUUUAUAUUA